AUGGUUAAUAUGCUGAAUGUUCAAGAAACUAAAGAGAUUUAUCAAUUUAUUAUAAACUCUCAUGUCAUUUCUGAUCAACUAAAAGAACGUUACGACAAUAUAAUAAACUUGAUUCUUUUUGGAAUGGCCGAAGACGGUUAUGGACGUUUAGUACCAGCAAAUAACAGUGGUGAUCCAGAGAUGCUCCUUUUACACAUUUUUGAGUUAAAACAAAGAAUGACUAUUGGCUCAAUAACACCCCGUGCUCUUUCCAAAUUUAUUGAAGAGGUUAAAACGGAAGGUAAUCGGAAGCACAACAAGUGGGAAUAUGAGGAAUUUGUUAAAGAAUUGGAGAACAAAUGGGCUAUUGCUGUUUUUAAAUAUUUAUUAACUUUGUAUCAUUAUAAUCUUGAUCAAUUAAUAAUUAAAACGGCGGAAAAUGAUGAGGAUGAUGAAGGAAAUCAAGGACAAUUUCAUUUUAAAAUUUUGAGUUCAACUACAUUUUGGAUACAAAUUAAAGGGGUAGCCAAUGCAGCAAAAGAAUACUAUUCAAAAAAUGAUUCAGCAAUUGUUGUAGCUGUAGGUGAUGCAAACACAAGUGCCCAUUUCUUUACUGGAAGCGGAUUAGGCACAGGCAAGUUUACACUUGGAAAUUCUAAAAAUUAA